UUUGUCCAACUUCUUCCGGCUAGCCAAUGUUAAAUGAACAUUUACAGCUAAUGUUAAAUGAACGUUGAACGCUAAUACAUCCUGAAUUGGGACGUUUGACAGAUGGAAGGAAUUUAUAGAAAAUUAAAUGAUCGCGUCGCCGGGCCAACCGUCUGUUACAAUUCCUCCGUUGGUGAACCAAGCAUCACUGAUAAUCUAGAUGUCUCUGCCCUUGUUGAUAGCAGCAUCAACAGUGAUGAUGUUGUUGAUAAAAUUUCAAAUAAUGCUAACAAUAACAACAAUAUCAGCAAUGAUGUUCUGAAUGCGAACGUGAUCAAAAUUAACGUAAACAAUAUUAACCAAGAAAAAAGUGAACUAACCCCUUCAGCUGCACACAACGAGAACAGGGACAAUAACACAACUAGUGAUUGCGUUGGCGACAACAACAGUGAUGAAGUUAAGCACAAACAAAACAAUAACAAUGAUAAAAUUAGUAAUAAUACUUUGGACAUUUUUUCGUCAAUAACUGAUUCCAGACUGAAUCGGAUGCGAAGACGUUACGAUUCGAGCGGUGUCGACGACGAAGCUUUCUUCAAAGCGAAGCUGUUGAGCUCUCUUGAUGAAUUGACAGUUAUUGGAAUCAAACAGGUAACAGACACCAAUCGAUCCAUUCUUAACCGAAUUCUGUGGCUCCUUCUAAUCGUUUCUUCAGUCAUUUUGGCUUCGUGGCAAAUUCACAGUUGCUUCAUGAAAUAUUCCCUUUACCCCACAUAUACAGACCUCAACUUCGUAUCUUCACAAGAUAUUCAAUUUCCUCAAGUAACAAUCUGCAACAAUAAUUACAUCAAACUCUCGUCCGCCGAAGAACUAGGCUUGACGGAUUAUUUCAAGCAGUUUAUGGCUCCAUACGAAUUAGAUGCAAAAAACGAAACCCUGAAAAAUUUUAUACUACCAAACUCCAGUAACCAAGAGGGGUUGAUAUCCACAAUGAAGCACUUGUCUCCUGGGCUGGAACAGCUGGUCUCUUGUUAUUGGAACGGUGAGAACUGUUCGGAUGAAAUUAAAGGUACAGUUUUCACAGACGCUGGACAUUGCAUCACCAUCAAUACAAGUAUGGAUAAGCUUACGUGUGGUUUAAUAAGUAAUUUAUUCGAUGCAACGCGGCGCGAUGGUGUAAUAGUUAAGGUGUGUGGCAUAGUUGAUGCAGUGUCCGGGUUCGAAUGUGAAGAGGUUUCCGCCUACCACAUGCAAAGAACAACCAAAAAGAUGCAUGCCAAGCAGGACGAGCUCAAAUCAGUUCGCAUAAAACUAAAUAAGUAUAAAUAA